ACACCGACACUGCGGCGCAGGUCUGGGACGACAACUUUGACCAACAGUGCUUGUUUCCCUCCUAGAAAGAAAAAAAAGGCUGCAAAAAUACAGGGAGGAAUGGGAAAAUGAAAACACCUGGCUGGGAAAAGUGCGCGAUAACACAUAUAAAGCGCACUGCACUGUGUGCAGUUUGCCAUGGUGGACUGACUGACAUUAAUCAGCAUGCUUCUACUGGUGGGCACAUGAUGAAUAUGAGGGGCGUGAAAGAAAGGGGAACCCUUGACCAAUUUGUUGUCCACCAGGCCACGGCAGAAGCAGAUAUGGUGACUGCUGCAGAGGUGACCCAUAUCUACCGCACUGUAAAGCACGGUUUAAGUUAUAACUCGGCUGACUGUGCACUCAAACUGACUGUACGAACGCUGAAUGACUCCAGUAUUGCCAAGAAGAUGUCCUGUGGGAGGACAAAAGCUGAAACAGUUGUCACAGAUGUCCUGUCUCCAAAGGCAAUAGAAGAGGUGAUCAAAAAAUUGAAAAGUGGUGCAACUCCACUCCCAUUCUCUCUUCACACUGAUGCUUCAAAUAAGGGAAAUCGGAAGAUGUUUCCCUUGGCCUUGCAGUUUUUUACACCAGAGGCUGGAGUUGCCAACAAGAUAUUGGAUUUUGUUGAAAAUCCAGAUGAGUCUGCAGAGGGAAUAGUAAAAAUAAUACAAAGCUCUCUUGAAAGCGUGGGGCUAUCCUUAGAUCAGGUUUCUGCAUUCAGUGCUGACAAUGCAAAUGUAAAUUAUGGCAUUCACAACUCAGUCUUCACAAAAUUGAAAGAGACCAACAGUGAGAUCCUUCGUGGCAACUGCCAUGCACAUAUUGUUCAUAACACUGUGAAAAAAGCCCUGGACAAGCUCUCAGUUGAUGUGGAAAAUAUUGUCCUGAAGAUAUACAGCUUCUUUUCCACCUCUGCCAAAAGGAGAGAGUCCCUGAAAGAGUUCUGUGAGUUUUGUGACGUUGAAUUCCAUGAUAUCCUGCGCCAUGUUGUGACAAGAUGGCUGUCACUCAACCCUGCAAUCACCUGCCUGCUGCAGAACUGGGACCCGCUGAAGUCGUAUCUCAUCAGCAUUGGUGAGGAAUGUCCAAGGCGCCUGAAGGAAUUGCUGAGUUUGACAGAAGAUGCUGCUGGAGUUGAGGGAGAGGCAGAUGUUGUGGAAGUCUACCUGCUCUUCUGUAAUAAUGUCAUGUGUCUGUUUGAAGAAGUGGUGAAAAAACUGGAGAAGAAUGUAACCACGUCUGUUGACCUUUAUUCCAUCAUGGAGUGCUUCCUGAAAAGACUUAUUCAGAGAAGAGAUGAUGGGUUCUACGGGUACCUAACAAGACAAAAACUCCAGCGUCUCUCGCCAUCUGAUGCUGAUGGUGCCAGGCAGGAGUUUACAGCCUUCCUAGACACUGCCAUCAGUUAUGUCCGGCAGUGGUUUGACUUUUCAGAAGAAAACUGGCUUUUCCACCUGCAGCCCCUCUCUCUAGCAUCUGGGAAGAUUUCCUUUGAUGACAUGGAGAAGAUCAUUGAACAGCUUCACCUGGCUGGCAGGUUAAACAUCUCUAUGGAUGAGCUUUAUGAAGAGUGUGUCACUGCAACCAGCCUUCUGGAGCACCUCACCAAAGAACAUCAGGAGAAGGAAAAGUGGCAGUCGAAGGGAACAGCAGAGAAGUGGAUGGAAAUUUUUCAGGCAGCUGACCUCCCCAAUAUGCAGGCUGUUGUAUCCUUUGUACUCAGCAUCCCAUCUUCCACUGGGUUUGAGGAGAGGAUUUUCUCUCUUAUGAAGAAUAAGUGGACUGAUGUGCGGAACAAAUGUUCUACUGAGUUAAUUAGAAGUGAGCUCAUUGUCAGUCUAAAUUAUGAUAUGUCUUGCUCAGAGUUUUACUCUGCAGUACUGAAAGACAAACAACUCCUAACUGCAGCAAGAGCUCAAAAAAUACAAAUGGAAAAAGUAGUCUCUUUCCACAUAAUGUAGCAUUGAGCUUUUGAGUUCAUGAGUUUGUUGGGGGUUUUUUUACUUCAACUUUCAGCUACAGUCAAGGCCUUUGAGGCACAAAUGUUGUAUUUACAGGUGUUCCACAGACUUUGUUUGCACUUUUCUAAUUGCACUAAAUGUUUACUGUUACAAGAAUGUUUUUCUUUCUAUUGUUUUCUAUUAAUUUAUAUAAUUUUAGGUUAAGCAGGACAGAGUGCUUUGUGUUAAUUUUGUCAUUUUGCACAAAAAGUGAGGCAAACUGUUACGAAAUCAGUUUUUACCCCGGUUCUUUAUUCGUCGAGGGAUCCAGAAAUGGCACCGGA